AAAUACUCAAGCAAAUGCCGGUACUUAGGUUAGUUCAGUUGUAUUUACCGCGAAACCGAUGAGAGAAGAAGCCAUUGCCAUGGCUUCAACAUAGCCGUCGUCUAUCUCCUCUCCGGAGGUCCCCAUGGUUCUCCACGUUUCCAACCGUCUAAAUCUCCUCAACUCUCUUCGCCGGCACCUCUCCGACUUUUCUCGGCCCCUCCGUGGCUUCGCCUUCCUUCAGGGACUGCCGAAUCACUCAUUUCUAAUUGGUUCUCAUCCAUACAUGCUUUCUUCGAUGUUAAAUUUCUUGGAUUAAUCGAUCGAUCAGGGAGGAUGAGAGCGAACGCGCUAUUGCACCGAUCACAUUGAGCUUUUCAGGUUACCUGCUGAUUAUGCUGAUUGGUUGGGGGAAAUAAAGCUACUGUCUUAUUUCCGGAUAAAUAUUCUAUCGAUGUUGUCGUGUUCAUUAUGCCAGGUGAUAAGUGCUUCUUAUGUUUACAUUCUUGUUGGCAGGAAAGGUAUAUGGUUACAGGUUACUGGAUAGCAUGACCUUCUAUAUUGAUGAGAUUGCUCAAAUCUUGACAGAAACCCUUGUUGUUCCUCUUACACAGGCUUAACUCUGAUAGCAAUAAUUUCGCAAAACUUGCCAAGUUCAAGGGAAUGUAUAAUUUUGAGACAGAUUUGACAAAUUUGCAUCCGAUAUUGACUGAGUGCUCUGUCUUCAAGUCUGACUUGGAGCUUACUCUUAUUCAAGUUGCCAAUGAUAUAAGUUCUGAAGCUCAUGUUGAGAAACUGCAGAUAUUAGAAGAUAGAGACAUGACCUUGCUCGAAUUGGGAGCUGAAGACAGUUUAUGGAUGUGAGACAUUACUUGCACAUUCCCUGUGAGUGAAUGGAAAGCUUACUAAUCACAAGCGAUCAAAGCCUUGUGUAUAACGUAACUAACUUUUCUACUUUCGGACGAAUAAUUGACUUAAGAACCCAUUUUGGGUUGCCUACUGAAAAGGAAAGAACCAACCCUUUCAGUUUUUGUCGUUUGGAUCUUUACCUUUUUUUUUUUUUAACUUAUUUGGUUCAGUUCUGUUUUUAUUUACAAAUUAAAAUGUUGUAAUUAUUCAAAUUGAAAUGAAAUGAAUAUUCCAUUUCUAAAAUAAUAAAAAACCAGACAUUAUCAUGAAAAGAUAAAUUUCAAAACCUAUUAAACCAGAUUUGGACAAAUGGAGUUUGGUUCGGAUUUCUUUGUUUGAUUGGAAAUAUGAUCCUAUUUGAUUUUGGUUUAAUUUUCUUUUUAAAAAAUAGGAGCCAUUGCUUUUCAGUUAUAAGUAAAACGACGCCGAUUGAUAUCUUAGAAAAAAUCUUUUUAGAAACUCCCGUACCUCUUAAAAAAUAAACGGAGGCAGGCCACCACCGGCAAAUAUAUGGACACAUAGCAAGAAUGCAAGCAAGCAAAAGCGCUCACGCCACAGUGGAGCUCACCUUCCUCCCAAGCACAGGCUAAAGGCUCUAACGAAAGCCCUAAUCUUCUCAUCGCUUCUUCCUCCACAAAACCCUAAUAAAGGUCGUACAAAAGAACAUGGGUCGCCGCAAAAGCACCAGCACAACUCAAACCUCGACCAACUCUUCGAACAAAUUCGAAGGAGCUAACAUUCGCUUCCAAGACGCCGACGACAAGGAAAUCGCCAGCAACAGCUCCAAUCUCGAUGAUUCAAUCGUCGCCGUUGACAAAGCUAGUGAAGAUGUUUCCAUGGGAGAGCCCGACGUUUCGUUUUUCGGUUGCGACGGCGAAGAUGAUAAAACCAGUGCUGAUUAUUACUUCGAUUCUUACUCUCACUUCGGAAAUGCUUAAAGAUGUAGUGCGAACCAAGACAUAUCAAAAUGUUAUUUAUCGGAAUAAGUUUCUAUUCCAGAACAAAGUAGUUCUUGACGUGGGAGCUGGGACUGGAAUUUUGUCCCUGUUUUGUGCAAAAGCAGGGGCGGCUCAUGUUUAUGCUGUUGAAUGCUCCCAUAUGGCUGACAUGGCUAAACAAAUUGUUGAAACAAAUGGCUUGUCUGAUGUUGUCACGGUCUUGAAAGGAAAGAUUGAAGAAAUUGAGCUUCCUGUUGCAAAAGUAGAUAUUAUAAUAUCUGAGUGGAUGGGUUACUUUUUAUUGUUCGAGAAUAUGUUGAACACAGUGUUAUAUGCCCGUGAUAAAUGGCUUGUUGAUGAUGGAGUUGUGCUACCAGAUGAAGCUUCUCUUUACUUGACAGCAAUUGAGGAUGCCGAAUACAAAGACGACAAGAUCGAAUUUUGGAAUAAUGUUUAUGGCUUUGACAUGAGUUGUAUAAAAAAGCAAGCUAUGAUGGAACCUCUUGUUGAUACGGUUGACCAGAAACAAAUUGUAACAAAUUGCCACCUUCUCAAGACAAUGGAUAUUUCUAAGAUGGUUCCUGGGGAUGCUUCUUUCACUGCACCUUUCAAGCUUAUUGCAGAGCGUGAUGAUUACAUCCAUGCUUUCGUUGCAUAUUUUGAUGUUUCGUUUACCAAAUGCCACAAAUUGAUGGGUUUCUCUACAGGACCAAGAUCACGAGCUACCCAUUGGAAGCAAACAGUCCUAUAUCUAGAGGAUGUGUUAACCAUCUGUGAAGGGGAGGCAAUAAUUGGGAGCAUGACUGUUGCACCAAACAAGAAGAAUCCCCGAGACGUUGAUAUAAUGGUUAAAUAUUCAUUGAGUGGACGACGUUGUGUGGUUUCGAGAGUUCAAUUCUAUAAGAUGCGCUGAUUUUGUUGCAGAGCAUUUCAUCACCACUACUAGCUGUAGGAGGGGACCUUGUUUGCAUGUUCCUUAAACGUUUCACCAAACAUUUUUUAAUUCCUUUUCUACUUUCUUUUUCCUCGAAAGGUUUUCCCUGAGAAAGAAAAACACAUAAGAUGCAUGUACUUCAUUAACUCAAUCCAACUGUUUUCUUCUCAUUUAUGCUUCA